AUGGCAUCUCCAUUUUUGAGAGACCCAGUUGACGAAGGAGCUAUUCUAGUUCGAUUAGCCUUUCAUACCGAUAGAGUUCUUCGCGAUCGCCAAGAUCCUUUAAGUCACACGGAUGAGUUCCUGUUUGAGCGAUAUCGAUUCAGCCGACAAGGACUCAUUUAUUUGCAAGACCUUCUCAGGCCGUACAUUGCAAAUGUCACACGCCGCAGCAUAGCUUUAACUGUGCUUCAGACUCUGUGCAUAGCCUUGAGGUUUUUUGCGUCAGGUACAAUUUUAUACAGUAUAGGCGAUGCAGAAAACAUUGGCAAAGCCGCAGCAUGCGUUGCUGUAAGAAAAGUGUACUUGGCGCUCAACCAGCUGAUGAAUAAAUUCAUCAUAUUCCCAGGCCAUGUCCCAGUCAAUGACAUCAAAGAGGGAUUUUAUGCAAUUGCAGAGUUUCCUAAUGUCAUUGGCGCAGUGGACUGCACCCAUAUCCGCCUGAAAAAGCCCUCUGAGCCAAACGAGGCCGAUUUUGUGAAUAGAAAGGUCUUUCACAGCCUUAAUGUUCAGAUGAUCUGUGACUCCACCUGUCUGAUCACAAAUGUUGAGGUCAAGUGGCCGGGGUCUGUCCACGACUCCCAGAUAUUCCGAGACUCCACACUAUGCCACAGCUUUGAGCAAGGUAACUACGAUGGGCUCCUAAUUGGAGACAGGGGUUACGCCUGCAGGCCCUGGUUCAUGACCCCCUAUCCCGAGCCUGUGGCACAUAUUGUAAUGACUCACCAGCCUGAAUGAUGUUUUUGUGUUUUAUUUUUACUUGCUCCCAAGUCCUCUUAGUGGUGGGGUUGCAACUACAUGGGGUUUGAAAGCACUCAUAAUUAUAUGACAGUGUUCACCAUAUCACACCAUACCAUACA